UCAUUGUUCAAAUGGUCGCGAGUAAGAAGCUUCCUCUGUUCAUUCCCUCCGUUAGGGUUCAUCAUUCAUGGAGCUUUCAUUCUAAGGCAACCCAAAUUGUACCCUACUCAAUUUUGAAGUUGGGGGUUCCGUUUGAUCUUCCUUUAGAAUGCAUAAUUCUAAUCAGGACUCGCAAGAUCAGAGGAGUAUGGAGGAUUCCAGUGCAAUGACGAUUGAGUUUCUUCGGGCACGGUUGCUGUCUGAGAGGUCCGUUUCAAGAAGUGCAAGACAGAGAGUUAAUGAGCUGGAAAAAACGGUAGAAGAACUGGAGGAGCAACUUAAGAUUGUUUCUCUUCAAAGAAAAAUGGCCGAGAAAGCCACAGCAGAUGUUCUUGCCAUUUUGGAGAACCAAGGGGCAAGUGACAUUUCCGAAGAAUUUGAUUCCAGCUCUGAUCAAGAAACACACCAGGGAUCCAAAGUGGGUAAUAACUUGACAAAUGAAGAAGAAAGCUUCGAAAUUUUGACGGCGAGAAGAAACGAUCAGGAGGAACUUUCGGGUUCUGAUGCUGAUUCUUCUCGAAUACCUGGUAGAAGCUUGUCUUGGAAAGGGCGCAUUGAAUCUCCACAUUCUCAGGAAAAGUAUAAGGAUCUAUCCACGAGAAGACGUGGCAAUUUUACAUCCGUGGGUUCAAGUUCUCCAAGACACCACCUUGGAAAAUCCUGCCGCCAGAUAAAACACAAAGAAACAAGAUCAGACAAGUUUGAUUCUCAAGAAAAUGGUGUUUCUGCUUCUUCAGAAGGGCUUCCAAAUGGCCUAUACGGUGGGCCUGAGAAAUUGAGAGAAAGUUCUGAAUUCCCAGAAGGGAAAAUUUUAUCAAAUGGUGUGCUGUCAGGGACCAUUGAAAAACAAAGAAAUAGGGACCUGGAUUUCAGUGGGCAUGGAAGAGACAAAGAUAUGGAAAAAGCACUAGAACAUCAGGCGCAACUUAUUUGUCAAAAUGAAGAGAUGGAGAAGGCUCAAAGAGAAUGGGAAGAGAAGUUUAGAGAAAAUAAUACCAGUACACCGGAUUCAUGCGACCCUGGGAACCAUUCCGAUAUCACCGAGGAAAGAGACGAGAUAAAGGCACAAAUGCCAUCUCCUGCCAGGGUGACUGCUGCCCAAGCUCAAGAGUCAAAGUCAGCACAAGGAGAUGUCUGCCUACCUAAGGAAACAGUCAAAAUUCAGUCAAACGGUUUUCUAUUAGCUUCACAUAUUGAUAUGGGAGGGUUGCAGGAUAAUCCGAGUAGAAGCUCUGUUGCUUCCUCACAAGUUCAAGAAUUUGCAUUCCCCACGGCAAAUGGAAAGCAAAAUCAAGAGAGCUCAGAAAAUUAUGCUCGGCAGAGUUCACGUGGCUCCCACACUGACCAACUUCUGCAUCAGUCGGCCCACAAACAUACAUCAGAUGCCACGUCUUCUGAUGCUGGCUAUGGUUUCCAUAAAGGAAAUGCUUCAGGGAGCAGAAACGACCUAUAUGCAUUGGUGCCUCAUGACUCGCAGGAUAAGUUGGGUGGCGUACUGGAUGCACUUAAACAAGCAAGGUUAUCACUACAACAGACAAUGACUAGAUUGCCGCUAGUAGAUGGUACAUCUGCACACAAGUCCAUUGAACCAUCCAUUCCUGCUACGAAAACUGUAGACAGAGUAGAGAUUCCUGUUGGGUGUGCCGGGCUUUUCAGACUACCAACUGAUUUUGCAGUUGAAGAAGCUGUGGCUCACAAUAGCUACUUUGGUUCUUCUGGCUUACCGUCUGCAAGGCAUUUUCCUGAAAAUAGGGUUUCAGUUACUCCUGAUGCGUUUGUCACAAGCCCUUAUGUUGAGACUAGACCAACCUUCUCUACUAAUGCUGCUGAUCGAUUCUCCACCAGUCAAUAUAUUGAGCCCAGACCAACUUUUUCUACUAGUGCUGCUGAUCGAUUCGUUACCAGUCAAUACAUUGAACUCAGGCCAACAUUUUCUACUGCUGGUGCUGAUCGAUCCGCCAUCAAUCCUUAUGUUGAGACUAGACCAAAUUUUCCAACUACCGCGGCAGUUAUAUUUCCCAGUAGCCCUAACGUCGAUACCAGAUCAAAUUUUUCAGCAGAUAAUCGAUUUAUAACUGGGCGUUAUGCAGAUUCUGGGUCAAGAGUUUCUCCGCCGCUGCCACAUAUUGAUCCUUACUUUGAUAUGGGCAUCCCCUCGUCGAGGCUUUCCAAUCCUCCCUAUUCCAACUAUCCCUCUGUUCCAGACCCGACGCCAUGGAUGACAUCUGAUGAAGCAUUAACGAGAGCCCUACCAAGAAGGCCAGUUGGGGCACCAACAGAUCGGUAUUCAUAUUACGAUCAUACUCGACCUAAUAUGUACAGAUAG